UCUUUGGCCGUGCCAUGUGAUUCUGUCUGCCCUUUGAUCCCCCCUGUUUUGCCCUACAUGUGAGUGAGGUGGAGCUUCUACGUUCUUCUGCAGCAGACCUGGGUGAGGGCACACUUCAGCAGCAGAGACUCUGCCCGUCCGUCUGUCCGUCUGUCGGUCCGUCCGUGCUCCCUCCGCGUCCCCGCGACCCAGCCCCCCAGGACCUCAGGACUGUCUACGGCCCCCAUGAUCCAGCACCCGAACCCGCCCCCUGACAGAUCCUAAAAAAAAACCUUACCCUCCCUCCCAUUCACCCUUCCUGAGGCACCUUAGGACCCCCAGCAGCCCUUUUGGAAAAGGAGCCCCCCGUCAGAAGGAGGUUGCUGCUUUUUCCAACAAGUUCUCCUUCUCCCUCUCCCACCUACAAGCUUGUGAACCGGGUGUACCCGAUAAAACAGACGACAUGGCCACGAAAGCGGACGCGUUGGAGGGAGACGCCGGGGUGCUGGCCCUGCUGGAGCGCGUGGCGGGCAUCAUAGACAACGUGCAGGCGUGCCAGACGCGCAUGGAGGAGCGGCAGCUGGAGCUGGAGGCCAGCGUCAAGGGGAUCCAGGCCGACGUGGCCAAGCUGACCAAGGACCACACCACCACCAACGGCGUCGUGGAGAAGCUGCUGGAGAAGACGCGCAAGGUCAGCUGCCACAUCAAGGACGUGCGCGUCCGCGUGGAGAAGCAGAACGACCGCGUCAAGAAGGUGGAGGAGACCCAGGGCGAGCUGCUCAUGAAGAACAAGUUCAAAGUCGUCAUCUACCAGGGUGACAAUGAAGUCAAGGCUGUGGCCGCCCCAAAAGCAGCAGAGGUCAAAGAGGUGAAAGAGGCCAAGGAGGCCAAAGAGGAAGUGGUGGAGCCUCCUCCCGCGAUCGACUCCGAUGAGGAGUACAUGGUGGUGGAGGAGGGGGAUUCCGCCGGCGCCAAAAUCAAGAAGGGCGGCCUGAAGCGCAUCGAGAGCCUGAAACACACCUUCUCGCGUGACAACAUGACAAAGACCAAGGAGAACCUGGGCACCAAGGUCCACAAUCUGGGCGAGCGCAUCGUCACCGCCGAGCGGCGCGAGAAGAUCCGCCAGUCCGGCGAGCGCCUCAAAGCGUCGGGCUCGCGCUUCAAGGAGAGCAUCAAGAACGUGCCGGCCAAGCUGAACCUGAAGAAGGAGAGGACAGUAGCCGAGGGCCAGGAGGGGGCAGAGGGGGCAGAGGCCGAGGUGGCCGAACCCGUGGCCCCCGCAAAGGGCCGCAAGGCCAACGACGUCGCCUACACCGAGGUGGCAUUAGAAAGCGAGGAGGGGGCCGAGGCCAAGGCAGAGGAUUCGGAGGUGCCCAUGUACGACAUGAAGCAGCUCUCCUAAACGACGGGGAGCGAUUCGUGCAUAGGGGGGAAUAAUACGAUUCAAAAGAUGACGAGAUGACUGUUUGAUUGCCAACGGAGGUUUGGGAUGUGCCAGCGAUGCCCGUUUGGAUCAGUUGAUUACUCCGAGAAGGGGGAGAAACUGAGAGAGAGUGAGGGCUGGUAUCAGAGAGGGAAAAAAGGAAAGAAUUAUGGUACAGCACAGGGCCAGUUGGAGCUGCACAUAUGUGUAAGAAGCAAAACCGCUGUAAUAUUUAUUUGCUGGUACAGUAUUUCUAUCAGGGGGGGUGGGCAGGGGGUGGGGAAAUUGGAGGGAUUUAUGUGGGAAGAGGGUUUCAAAUUAGAUUUAGGUUGAGUCCUUAACUGAUUUUCUUCCUUGUUUACACCAAACCAUAGACUUUGAGAAACAGAAGAAUGAAGAAUGUUGAUGAAAAAUGAUCAAUUGUCGCAACUUGGCGUUGGAAGAGAGCUGGAAUUUUCUGGACUUGUCUGGAAUUGACGUAGUGUGGAAGUGCACCAGGGUGAUUAUCAUCUUCAUGAUUUGCAUGAUGAAUCACUGAUAAUGCGAGUUUGAAUGAACACUUUAUUUCGAGGAUGGGGAUCUCACGUGUGGUGAUUUUGGGGUGAACGUCGUCGUGUGUUGAAAGAACAAUAAAACAACUUUUUAUGUAUGAUACAACUGUUAAUGGAAACGUAUUUGAGAUGCAUUCAAGUUGCCUAGUCCAUCCUAUCAGUUUCCUGUUCAACUGGUAGGACACAGUUCAAUAAUAAUAAAUAAAACUCCAUCAGCUGGCUUCUGAUGAGUACCUUGAUGAGAAUUAGUUGGGUCGUUUAAAUGAAGUAUAAUUAAUUUGGAAUCUUAAAAGCAGCAUUUAAGUUUUAAGAUGUUUUUAAAGGGAAAAAUGCUCUACGGUAUCGGAGAAUCCCGUCCUUUAGCCUUUAGCUUGAUGCUAAGAGGUGAAUGGCACGCAUCUUAUAUCCAUCAGCUACAGCUUGGAGUGGCAGAGCCAAGAGGGUUUUAAUUGUGUUUUUGAGCCCAACUUCAUGUUAGGAAGACCACUUCAGUGCCAUUUCCUUAUGUUUAUAUGGAUUUAGGCACAAGUUGCUGGAAAUGACCUCCAAACAAAGCUGAAAAUGCAGAUAAGCAGGUACCAAACUUCAGAUUAACAUUGUGAAUUUGUGUCUCCCUUUGGGUUUGUAAGACACUGCAAAGUCCUUAAAAUGUGGAUGCAUAAGACACACCCAUUUAAGCUUUCGGGCUCAAAAACAUAAAUAAAACGCUCCUGGCUCUGGGACUAUUAACUGAGGGGACUCUUCACUGUGACCAGGUGAUCUUGCAUGUGUUAUUGAUUACUUACUGUAUAUAUAAAUCAAAAGUACUGGUAAUGUCAGGUAGUGUAAUGUAGUACCUAUAGAUGGUGUUUUGAGGUCACAAAGUUGUUGCAUGUAUAGUUUUUUUCUCUUGCCACCUAAGUAAAAUAUAUUUAUGGCAUUUAUUAACUUUAUCAGUGGUGCUAUCUGAUUUUAUCUUGCCUUGACUGCACUUCGUUUUGAAGCAUAUUUCGAAUGUAAUAACUGCUGCUAGAUUAACUAAUUACAUUUCUUGUGCAAUUUAUUUCAGAAAAAAAAUAGAUUCUUAGUUUGAGUUAUGAAACGCAUUUUCAUUUUUGAAGAACCACAGAUAAAUAGCAUUGGGUAACACAAAUACAUUUUCUACUGGGUUGACAGAUAACAAAACGUAAUUCAAGCAAUGGACAUUUUGUGAUACUUGUCAGUAUGCAUUGUUUUUAUUCUCUGGUUAUAUAUUUGGAAAACAGCUAAUAAAACUGCAAAAGAAUACAUUCAA